CGACAAUAAAGAUAAUUAGUGUUAUAAAAGUGAACAAAGUUUGAAAUGUGCAAGUUCACUGGCUGACUUUUCCGACGAAAUACCGAUAUAAUGAAUAUCUUUUGGAUUUGUGCAUUAUUUUCUAUUUGUAAUGGAUAUUCUGAAUUCUAUUUGAAUAUUAAUACCUUGGAAGCUACUCCAUCGAGAAGAUAUCCAAUUGCAAUUUCAUCUGCACAUCCUUGGCACUUUACCUAUGAUAAAACAAUUCGAACUUAUCAAACUAGUGAUCAGCAUUAUAAUAUUUCAGAUAUAGUAGUACAUUUUUACGCAAGAAUCAUGCACGAUAUAGUAUUUGAACGAAUUCGUAUUCUAAAAAUUCGAAAUGAAACAGAAGUUUUAAAAUUUAACGUCUAUCACUUUAAUAAAAUUUAUGAUUAUGAAUUUUAUUAUAUUUAUAAGCAGGGUUGGAAUGAACUUUAUCUUAAUAAUUCUCAACCAACAAGAUAUAUUUCUAUAAGAUUAAAUACAACUACGUAUCAUAAUUUAGAAAUUGGCGAAUUUCAGAUGUUUACUAGAAUAAAUGUAUUCUCAUCCUGCUUCGAAUGGUCUAAAAAUACAAAUGGUCACGUAAACCAAGGAAUCUACGUUUACGAUAUGUUCGAUUCCUAUUACGAAGAUGUUGCUAGAACGGAACUAGGAGCUACUUGUACAUCGUCAGGAGGUAGUUGUAUAGCUGCUAUUAAAGAUACAGUACUCUAUGUUGACGAAAUGUGGCAACCAACUAUUUCUAGCAAAGAAAUUUUCAUAAAAAUUAUAUUUUUUCAAUCUAAUACUAUCAAUGAAAUAAGAAUAAAGCAACCGAUGGAAAAUGAGAUUGAUACUAUUCGUAUAACAAAUGAUGAGAGUUUAAUACAAGUGAAAGUAAAUAAAACAUCAGAAUAUACUAUUAUAUCUACUAACAUCGAAACAGGAUGGUUAAAAUUUAUCUUUAAUAAAGAUGAGGGAAAGUUUAUAGGAAUAUAUGAAAUCAACGCUUUCGCUUAUUUACCAAAGUAUAAAUACGUUUAUUGCUCUUACCACCCCAAACAUGUUAGAUCAUAUGAUUAUAUGCCGUAUGGAAAUCGUUUCAUUGGAUAUCGACCAACAACAACAACCUUCUGUUCAAGAAGUUUCAAAUACUUCAAUCCACGAUACUAUUACAUCAGCUACAAGAAUACUAUACAAUUUAAUGCAUUUGUCUGUUAUCAGAGUGUUAGUAUACAAUGUCGUGAACAUUUCUCAGAUAAUUUCAAAGCAUCGAUACACUUUAACCAGAAUACUAAUGUUACACUUUUUGAAGAAAAUAUACCUUGUUUUUCUGAACAAGUCUACUGCACUUGUAACAGAAGAGUUAAUGAUACAUUCCGGGGGACUUUGAAUCAUUAUACUAAGAAUUUCCCAAUUGAAGAAGUGUGUUCGCAAAAGAAUCAUACAGAUCCUGCCCUACCUUUAGUCAAUAUAGCUGUUAAUAACCUGGAAUGUUUUUCAUAUACUGACUAUUUACAUUCGGCUAAUGAUGUUUUAGUUGACGGAGAUUUAAACAGUUGUUCAUCAAAUUUAGAUCAAAUAGAUAGAAUAACUUUGAAAGAAGUAAUAAGAACUUCAAUGAGAGUUCGAAUAUGGUUGAAAAGAUAUCAAUCACAAAUAGAUUGUAAUGACUUGAUUGUCCAUAAACACGAUCAAGAAACAUGCGGAUCUAAUGCAUUUACAGAAUGCGAAAUGACUGACCAUAUGGUUUCACUGUCAACGCGAUAUGAAGUAUGCACAUAUAUAUGUAAAAUUGGAAGUAUCGAUGAACUAUUAAUCAAUAAGAGAUCAUCAACCUGGCCAGAUGAUAUACAUAUAUGUGAAAUUUCAACAUUAUUAUUAGAUACAACAUACAAUGAACAUAAAAAAGAUGUAUAGAAAUGCAAAAUACAACAAAAAUUUAUAGUCUAUAAAUGUUCAAUAAAAUAUGUUGUAAAUAUUAAAAUAAUUCCUAUUGUCUUCUGUCUGCUUUUGAAAAAAAAGAAUUUCGUAUAAAAAUUCAAUUUAUUAAAUUUUUAUGGCCAUUGUUAUAAAUUAGUAUGGCUUAUUUGAGAAAUUCGACAAAAAUUCAUCAUUUUUAACAAUCGUCAAUAGUUUUAGGCCUCUUGUAGCAGAAUUUAACGCGUAUACAGUAAAGUUAAGUAUAAACUACUCAUCUUUUAUUCAGCUAAGAAAAACAACUAAUAAGUCUUGAUUGAGUUCAAACAACAGGACUUAAAUUAAAAAAAAGGCCAAGUAUAAAAAGUUGUUUACUUUGACAUUUCCAAUACGUCAAAGGAGACCAUCGAAUGAUAUAUGAAAUAUUGAUUUAGUCUAUUGAAGUAUCGAAAAAUAAAAGAGGUAAAUAGUCGAUAGGUUUGUUAACUUAUUAAUUCUAUAAAUUAUGUUAUUGUUUCAAUAGGAUAAUACCCUGUAUAAAAUU